AUGAGCUCCAUUGUUCAGAGCCUCCAGAAGAGAAUGCCCACAAACCAGGGCGCCCUACCCGUCUCCCAGCAGGGCUCCGGCCUCGACCAGGCUCCUGCUCUCCGGCGAAGGCUGUCGUCCCUCUCCCUCAAGCUCCAGCCCAUCUCCUCCCCGGCCACCACCUGGGCCCUGCAGCGGUCCAAGUCCGUCUCCGCCAUGGGCGAGUACGCCGGCGGGUCCAUUAAGAGAUGGUGGGACUGGGGCUGGACUUGGGUCCUCUCCAGAAAGCCCAUCUUUGCUCAGGAUCUGGAGAUGAACGAGGAGGAGACCAAGAUUCUCGGCUCCGACAACAGAGGCAGCUGGCGACAUGUCUUCUUCAAAGUCCGGUCCGAGCUCCGGAAGCUCGUGAGCUCCGACAACGUCACCACUCUUCCUCAAACUUACAGGCCCUACAACUCGUUGAACUACCCCAAAACGAAGAAGUGA